AUUUACAAGAUAUGUUCCAAAUAAUAUCAUUAAACCUCGAGUACAAGAUUGGGGAACAUGUUUAUGUGUAUUGUGUAUAAAUCCAGAAAUGAAACUUCAAAAAAUUAUUCAAUUAAAAUCAACAAUACCAUCAUUUCGUUCAUUACCAUUUGAUAUAGCAACAAUUGAUUUACAUAAUUUAGUAAAAGAUGAUGAUAAAUUUAAAAAUUUUAAUAAUGAAUUGUUAAAAUUACGUUCUGAUACUAUAACAAUUACAUUUUGUGAAUGGAUAAAGCAAAAACAUGAUAAAUGUUCUGUACCAGUUUCAACAAAAAUACCUUUCACGACAACAUUAACCACAUUUAUAGAUAAAUUUAUUCAAGAACUUGUUAUGCUCAAGCAACAUGUUAAUCAUUUUUAUAUUCAAUCAAAAGCAUUUAAAACAGCAAAAGAAACAUCAUUAACAAAUUCUGGUUGUGCAACUGUUCAGAUAGAUUGGAGUGAAAACUAUUCAAUUAAACAAGCUGGUGAAGAAAAAUCGUCUUAUUAUUUUGAAAGACAUGUAUCUAUUCAUAGUGGAUAUGUAUGGACAAAACAAAAACAAUUUGGUUUUGCUGCAUUGUCAGAUGCAACAAAUCAUAUGGGGGAAGCAUGUUGGGCUUCAAUUCAAACAUUAUUAAAAGAU